CUCGUGGGUCGGAAGGUUGGAACCGCUUCUCGCGCGCGCUCGUUCCGGGGCUGAAAUUUCAAGUUUGCUGAGAUGUAAAGGGGAAACAAAAGAUCAUCUCUGUGCCUCUUGCCUGGCAGCAGAUUAUUAUUACUACUAUUAUCUCACCCAAAUGCAAUGUGCACAGAAAAACUGGAAGUCCUGAGCUCCUUAAUUUUAAUUUCCUGUCAACCAAUCUCUGCUAUGCUUUCUUUGGGAUGGCUUCCAGAGUCAGAGAUUCCUGAUCACAAAGAAGACUGGGAGUACAGCACAGACAGUGUGCAUCAGAGAUCCUUUAACAACAGUAAUGAAUUAUAGAGAAGAAAUUAUGAGCUUGAUAGUCCCAGGACAAUUUGAUGAUGCUGAUGCUUCAGACAGCGAACCUUCACAGGUUGUUCAGGCAUCUCAGGAGGAGAAGGUGGUUGUUAAAAUGCAACAGUCACAUCUGAAUGAGGAAGCAGAUGUGGAUGAAUUUGAUGAGAGCUCUGAGGAUGAGGAAGAUGGAUGGGAUUGGGACGAUGAUAUGGGGAAGCUGACAAAGCGAAAUCCAGUGGCUGGAGGAAGAAACCUACAGGCCAAUAAACAGAUUCCCAGCUGCAAUGCAGCCAAAAUGUCCACUCCUACAGAUAAAGCACUAAGAAAGUUUGAGAAUAAAAUCAAUCUAGACAAGCUGCAUUUUGCUGAUUCUGUUAUAAAUAAAGUUACAGAGAAGUCUAGGCAAAGAGAAGCAGAUAUGUACCGGGUGAAAGAUAAAUCAGACAGGGCAACAGUAGAACAAGUCCUGGACCCAAGAACACGAAUGAUUCUAUUCAAGAUGCUUAGUAGAGGUGUGAUAUCAGAGAUCAAUGGUUGUGUCAGCAGUGGAAAAGAGGCUAAUGUGUAUCAUGCCAGCACUGCAAAAGGCGAGAACAGAGCAAUAAAGAUUUAUAAAACUUCUAUUUUGAUGUUUAAAGAUCGGGAUAAAUAUGUGAGUGGGGAAUUCAGGUUUCGCCAUGGAUACUGUAAAGGAAACCCAAGGAAGAUGGUCAGGACAUGGGCAGAAAAAGAAAUGAGGAAUUUAACCAGGUUAUAUACAGCACAAAUUCCGUGUCCAGAACCCAUUAUGCUAAGAAGUCAUGUCCUUGUGAUGGGCUUUAUCGGCAAAAAUGAUAUGCCUGCUCCUUUGUUGAAAAAUGCCCAGUUAUCCGAGUCAAAAGCCCGGGAGUUAUAUCUGCAAGUCAUACAAUAUAUGAGAAGAAUGUACCAGGAUGCCAAGCUUGUUCAUGCAGAUCUCAGUGAAUUUAAUAUGCUGUAUCACAGUGGACAGGUAUAUAUUAUAGAUGUGUCCCAGUCUGUGGAACACGAUCAUCCACAUGCUUUAGAAUUCCUGAGGAAAGACUGUGCCAAUAUCAAUGAUUUCUUUCAUAAAUACAAUGUUGCAGUGAUGACAGUGAGAGAGCUCUUUGAGUUUGUCACUGAUCCAUCUAUUACAAAUAAGAAUAUGGAUGCUUACCUUGAAAAGGUAAUGGAAAUUGCAUCCGGAAGAACAGUGGAAGAAAGGUCCAGUCAAAAUAAUGUGGAUGAAGAGGUGUUCAGGAAAGCCUAUAUCCCUAGGACUCUGACAGAAGUUAAGAACUAUGAGAGAGAUGUAGACAUAAUGAUGAAGCUGAAGGAAGAAGAUUCUGCCCUCAAUGUGCAGCAAGAUAAUAUUCUCUACCAGACAGUGAUAGGGUUAAAGAAGGAUUUAUCUGGUGUUCAGAAGGUGCCUGCUCUCCUUGAAAAUAAGAAUGAGGCAGAAUCUGAUGAUGAUGAUGAUGAUGAUGAUGAUGAUAGUUCUGACAAUUCAGAGUCAUGUUGUAAAGAACAAGAAGACUCAGGGCAUCCUAAAGACCAACCUGCUGAAACAGGUGUUGAUAAAAAGGAAAGGAAGAAAAUGAUCAAAGAGGCUCAAAGAGAGAAGAGAAAACAUAAGAUUCCAAAGCAUGUAAAGAAGCGAAAAGAGAAGAUUGCAAAAAUGAAAAAGGGCAAAUAAAUUCUAGUGAUCGUUUUUAAAGCUUUUCAUGAUUUAAUGAGUCACUAUUUUGGAGCAGAGUCCAUUUUGAUGCAUAUCAACAGAGCGCCACGAUGGGGUAAACUGUUACCAGAUUGACUUGCUCUUGUGUGCUCCUGCAGAGUCAAUAGCUCCCACUAAGAAUAUAUUCCUGUGGAGAAAUGAAAACAGUUUCAUAAAGAUUUUUUUAAAAAUCCAGAGAAAUUGAUACAACAUACAAUUUUGUACUUUGGAGGUCUGAGGAUUCAUAAUGGCACCAAAUUGUACACUAAUUCCUUUCUGGUUUCAUCAUCAAUUGCUAUUUGGGUAGAUUGACAUACAUAUGUAAAUAAUGUAUGGGAUGGGUAGAUGUAGUCUCAUUCAUUUAAGCCAGGGAUGUGCAACGGAUGGCCCUGCAGACAUUGAACUGCACCGCCUAAAAUCUGUCUUUCCAUGCUGAUGAAGGCUGAUGGGAAUUGGAGUUCAGCAACACCUAGAAGACUGUAAGUAGUCUGUUUGUGAUGAAAACUCUCCAUUCUGUUGCAGUGCUGAAGAUUCUCUUUGUUACACUGAUCAUUCAUAAGACAAAGACUCAAUGAGGUGUUUGCUGACAAAAAUGUUCCUUCUCAUCCUGCCCAUCUGCAGCAUUGACACUAUAUUUGGAAGGGGGAGGGGUGCAGAGGAAAGCCACACUUAUAAAUAAGGUGGUUUUUGUCAAUCUCAGCUCUAUCUUGUGGUAUAGUGCUCCAUGUGUUACCUCGUUGAUUCUAUUUGUCAGUUGGUCUUGCCGGUUUGGCUGUGUGGUAGGGGAACUCAGUAGGGUCCUGUUCCCUAGGUAGCAAAUUAACAGAUUUCUCCUUCUCUUUCUUGGAAAUGUGAUCUAUCUUUCUUCAUUGUGAAAGUCUAUGAGUAGAGUGACCCUUACGUGAUAAAGAGAAUACUUCUGUAACUGUUCCUGAUUUGAACUCCAUCUCCUUCACUGUGGUGUGAAGCACUGUAAGGAUACUUACAACCUAAGAUGACACCAGAGACAAAUAAUUCAUAUUUAUUGUAACUAUUUUUUUUUAAGCUGAAAUCAGGGUCAAUGACCUGGCAGUACCAUCUUCUUCAGAAGAUAUUUCUGUUAAUGAGGUAACUGAACUUUACCAAACUGAGUUUGCCCUGAUUAAAAACUACAAACUACAAUUCUUGGCUCAGAUGUUUAAGGAGCAGCAGUGUUUUAACAGCUGUUAGUGAUAUAUAUCCAUUACCAGUGGUGCCAUUUUCUUUGAAAAUAAAACUCAGACAUUCUGCACUAUGUUGUAUGUGGAUUUUUAACAAAAUCUACCACUCUCUGCCCAGUUGUCUAGGAAUAAACAGUAUAUUUGACAGUACUUUAUCCAUUUUUAAAAAGCUUGAAUCACUUGGUUUGAGAGUAAAAAAGGGGGACUGUGGCAUUCUAGAUGUUGAACCAAUACCCAGGACCCCAGCAUAGCCAAUUCAAAGAAAUGCUGACAAUUACUUCACCAGUAUCUGGUUCCCCACCUAUUUUAGAAAGUUAGGGUAAUAUAAUUGUGGUGUCAAACAAAUACCAGUAGUAUGAAACUUAUGACAAAGAACAUUACUUCAAGACAUUGAGCUAUGGUGUUUUAUAAUAGAUGACUGUUAAGCUUAUUAAAUAUAGUCUAUCUAGAGUUUCUUGGUUUAAACUGUCCAUUUAUUCCAGAACUAUUGCAGCAUAUUUUAUAUGACUGUUCUGAGCUUAAUGCUUUAUCCAUUUUUCUGUUUCAAGGGUACAUGAUGUAGCUUUUGAAUAAGUAUCUAAUUUGCAGAACAAUAUAUAGGAAUACUGUAUCCAGACUACAAAAUUCCAGAGGCCCACUUGAUGGCAGCAAAGAGAUAUGGACACCAUAAUUUCCUGCCAUCUAAUGAUGCUCUGAUUUUUGCAGUCCAGAUAUAGCAUGCAUAUAAUAUAAGAUCUUCACCAGGGACAUCUUUCCAAUUCAAUAUUUUGAUCAAUUUUCAUAUUUGGUUCAUUUUACUGGCCGAGUCCUUCACAAAAUAGAGCAUAUACGUCUAUGAUGAUCGUCAAUCAUAUAUAAUUCGCACAUGUAUUAAUGCCACUAAAUUGCCAAAGUAGAAUGUCUCCUCUUAAUAGUUAGCCUCUGCUGGUAGUAAUUCUGCUAAAUUUCUUAACUGAAUGAGAUUGGAUCAUACAGCAGGGUGAUCACUCCCCCUUAUCAGCAGAUUGCUUCUUGCCUCUGUUAUUGUUCUGCCUUCCCUCUUUCAGUUUAUAAUUAUUCUUAGGCUGGCUUCAGAUACUAUACUAAAUCAUGGCAGGGGGGAGAGUUAACCAUGAUUUGACAAGAUGUAAUCAGGCUGGUUCAUACAUAAUGCUAAGCAAUAAAUUGUGAUUUACAAACCAUAAUAGGACUGUACACAAAAUAAAACAUUUUGUUCUGUAUUCAGAAUAAAACUACUGCAUUCAAACUGUUCAGUCUGGUAUGCUUCGUGCACCCCUGCACAAUUCCAUGUAUACCUAUUGCUUUGUACCUAUUUGCAUCCAUUAUUUUUUCCAUGGAUCUCCCGUUUUGUAUAUGAGAAAGGAUUAGAUUAAGACAAAGUGAACUUUGCAGUUUAAAGAACACAAAUAAAAGGAAUUAAUAGA